GCAGCAGCUAGUAUUAAAUAAAUUGCAAUAGGUAUUUAUUAUAAUCCAAUCAACAUAGUGAACUCAGAUAUACUCUGAUAUUCUCGAAAUAGGAUAACGAUGUUGAACUAUAUAAAUAGGUAACACAGCAACAUAUAUCAGUUAUACCGCGUGGCCGCCGCACGUCGAACGUGCCAACAUGGGUGUUUCUGUGCAUUAUCUAGUGUUUUUAUUAUUCGUUAACACAAAUGAAGCGGCAAGGAUUCUAGCAGUGUUUCCAAUCCCUUCAGUCAGUCACCAGGUAGUGUUCAGGCCAGUUACUCACGAGCUAGCCAGGAGAGGACACGAUGUCACUGUCAUGACGACAGAUCCCGCCUUCCCAAACGGAGGAGCACCAGCCAACCUCACAGAAAUCGACGUCCAUGAACUAUCCUACGACAUUUGGAAGAAAAAUUACAUGAUACAUUCCAAAGGGAACGAAAAAGACACGAUGUCACAACUGAGAAUAUCUUUUGAGUUGUUCAUCAUGUUGUUCGACGAACAGUUGAGACAUAAGGAUAUGCAAAAACUGAUCAAUGAUAAGAGCCAGAAGUUUGAUUUAUUAAUUAUCGAGGGUAUAUUCAGACCUGCACGAGCGUUAGCCCACGUUUUUAAAGCUCCAAUGAUUCUGCUGAGUUCUUUAAGUCCGUUAUUUGACAAUAUUGAAAUAAUUGGAGCGCCUGGACAUCCUCUUCUCUACCCAGAAGCUACUCGGCAAAGACUGAACAAUCUUACGUGGUUAGGGAAACUAUCAGAACUUUACAAUCAUUACAAGAUUCAGAACAUUUAUCAUAACAGUUUAGUUUAUGAAAAUGAAAUGCUUCGGAAACAUUUUGGACCAGACUUUCCAUGUGUCACUGAAUUUAAUAAGGACGUUGAUAUGCUGAUGGUGAAUGUGAAUCCAGUGUUUGCUGGUAUCCAACCUGUUCCUCCGUCUAUGGUGUUCAUGGGUGGUCUACAUAUAAAACCAGACAGCGAACUGCCAGCGGACCUGAAAUCGUACUUAGAUAAUUCCAAGCAUGGUGUGAUUUAUAUAAGUUUUGGUACUAAUGUGGACCCUACUCUGUUGCCUCCUGACCAAAUACAAGUGCUGGUGAAAACGUUGUCCAAGUUGCCUUACGAUGUAUUAUGGAAGUGGAACGGAGACGGGCUGCCAGGGCGCUCUAAAAAUAUCAGAAUCUCAAAAUGGUUCCCGCAAUCGGAUCUACUUAAACAUCCAAAAGUUAAAGUAUUUGUAACGCAAGGUGGUCUUCAGUCAACAGAUGAAGCGAUAACAGCUGGCGUACCAUUAAUAGGAGUUCCAAUGUUAGGUGAUCAGUGGUUCAAUGUGGAGAGAUAUGAAUAUCACAAGAUUGGAAUUCGUAUGGAUUUGAGUUCAGCUACGGAAGAACUGUUUAAGGAUGCUCUUCUCAAGAUCAUUAAUGAUGACAGUUAUCGUAAGAACAUAGUCAAGCUACAUACCCUGAUGGUCGACCAGCCCCAGAAACCACUGGAGCGUGCCAUCUGGAACAUAGAGUACGUGCUGCGGCACGGCGGCGCGAAGCACCUGCGCUCGCCUGCCGCCAACAUCUCGUGGGCGGAGUACCUAGAACUGGAACUGGUGCUCACAUUACUCCUAGUAUUAGUAGCUAUAAUAACUGUUCUAGUACUGAUUAUUCGUAAGUUGUUGAAAUGUUUCUUUGAAAAACCUGUACCUAAAGUCAAAUCAAAACGUUCCUAAUUAUGUUAAGUGUGCUGUGAAAGUAUAAAAUGUAGGUGUUAUUAUUUUAAAUUGAAAUGCGAAGUAUUGUGUACGACCAUUAUGUUAUGGUCAAUGGUCAAUCAAUUGAUUUUGUACGCCGUGAUAAUAUUUUGUAGAUAGUAUUUAUUAAGUUUUGUUAAGUAAUUUAUUAUGUAUUCCGACAUUAUGUUUUAAACUGGUAGAUAAACAUAAGUAGCAACAUUAAUUCACUUAAUUUGAAGCAUUAAGUUUUUCCUUCACAUAUUUUGAGAUAGUUUACAAAACUUAACUUUAACAGUUUCCUAUUGUAAAUACCAUUUAUUUCAUGAUUUUGCUAAAAAGACAAUCAACUUCAGUAUAAUUAUGUAAAAAAUUUCUUUGCAUUCCUUUUUUGGUUAAGUUUUUUCUGUCAAAUUGAAUAUUAAUCACUUUUUAAACAACUGUAGAAAAAACUGCGAGUCACUAUGUACAGUAGUGCAAUAAAGACAAAUUUUGUAAAAACUUUGUGAUUGUUUUCAUUUACUAAAUUAUACUUUACACACCGAACCAAUGUACAGAAUACAGAAAAAAGUACUACAUGAAAAAAACAGCGUAACUUUAUUGUAGCAGAUUUAUAUGAAACCCAGAAUUGUUCCAUGAGGCACCCCCAAGCUAUUUUUAAAUACAAUUUCAAAAUUUUGAUCAUAACUGACACUUUUAUUCUUUAUAUUGGUUUGUCUCCAUGAUUCAAGCGUCUGAUAUAUGUUUGCAACGUUUUAAUAUUAAAAAAUAUAUAUAACAUUCUUUACUUUAAUAUAGCUAGACACUCAAAAGCUUCCCCUUAUUCGUAAGCAAUAUUUAAGUUCAAUAAACAAUUGCA